CUCUGGGACCAGAAGCUGCAUCCAGCAUCAUGACGGGCUGGUGGCCAGAGCUACUCGUCGUCCUGCAUCUGACUGCAUGUGUGUCGAGCAUGUCGGGCCGCUGCAGCCUGUUCGGACGGCAUCACGUGCACACUUUUGACGGAGUGGUGUACGAGUUCCCCGGGGACUGCAGCUACCUGCUGGCCGGGGACUGCAGCCGGCGGUCCUACACCCUGCUGGGUGACUUCAUCGACGGCAGAAGAACAGGGGUCACGCUGUUCCUCGGCGACGCCUUCGAGCUGCGCCUGUCCGUCGACGGUAGACUGUCCCAGGGCAACAAAGGGCUUCCCCUUCCCUAUGCGUCUCACACCGUGUUUGUGGGGACAGAGUUGGGCUCCUACAAGCUCUGGAGCGAGGAGUUUGGCUUCACCGUAACCAUCGACCAGGCGGCCAACAUCGGCGUCAGCCUCAGCCGACACCACGCCAACCGCACCUGUGGCCUUUGCGGCAACUUCAACGCUCAGCCUGCAGAUGAAUACACUGCUCAAGAAGGGUUUCUAACAGAGGACAGUUAUGACUUCGCAAACUCCUGGGCGGUGAAAGGGCCCGAGCAGUCCUGUCAACGUGUGCCUCGUCCCAGCCAAUCCUGUAACAGUACCCAAGACACAGCAGCAAUCAUGUCCAGCUGCAGUAUACUGCACACCUCCAGUGUGUUCCUGCGCUGUGCCCACCUGGUCUCCCCUGAAGCCUUCCUGGCCCUGUGCGAGGAGGAGGCGUGUCACUGUAGUCAGAAGGAGGGGCCAGACUGCCACUGUCCAAUCCUACUCGAGUAUGCCCGUACAUGCCACGCCCACGGAGUCCUGCUCGACGGUUGGCUAGAGGAGACUGCGUGCACCCCCAAGUGUCCAAUAGGAAUGCAGUACAGUGCAUGCAGUAAGUCGUGCUCCACCACCUGCCAGAGUCUGAACAUCCAGGAGGUCUGUAAGGAGCAGUGUGUGGACGGCUGCACAUGCCCAGCGGGGAGGGUGCUGGAUGGCGAUCGCUGUGUGGAGGUGUCCCAGUGCUCCUGUGUCCACAAUGGUCGGCAUUUCCCCCCGGGAUCCACCAUCUCACAGGAGUGCAACACCUGCGUCUGUCGUCACGGUUCCUGGGAAUGCACCAAUGAAGGCUGUCCGGGUGAGUGCCUGGUGAUGGGGCAGUCCCACAUCAAGACCUUCGACAACAAGUUCUUCACCUCCACCGGGCCGUGCCAGUACCUGCUGGCGCGAGACUGCACUGACGGACAGUUCUCUGUCAUUGUGGAGAACGUCCAGUGUGCCGACGACCAGGACGCCGUGUGCACGCGCUCAGUCACCCUCACCCUGGCGCCGCUGGACAACAUGGAGGUGAAGCUGAAGCACGGCGGCGGGGUGUCCGUCAACGGCAUGGACAUCCAAACCCCAAUGCAUCAUGGUAGUCUACAUAUCCAGAGGUCUGUUCAGGCUGCGGUUCGUGUGAGGUUUGAAGAUGAUUUCCACCUGGACUGGGACGGUCGAGGCAGGGUGCUUCUGAAGCUUGGAUUGGCCUGGGCGGGACGCACCUGUGGUCUCUGUGGUAACUUCAACGGUAACCAAGGGGAUGACUUCCUGUCUGGCGCUGGACUGGUGGAGGCGGGCCCGCAAGCGUUCAGCCAAUCAUGGAGGAUCAGCGCAGACUGCGACUCCAUCGCCAGACCUGACAUGGACCCAUGUGCACUCAACCCCAAGAGAGUCCGAUUUGCAGAGGAGGCGUGUUCGGCGAUGACGUCAGAGGUCUUCCGGCCGUGUCACUUCCUGGUGAACCCGGGGCCCUUCCACAAGUUCUGCCGCUACGACGUGUGUGCGUGUGUGGACGGCGAGGAGUGCCUGUGCUCCGCCCUCUCCUCCUACGCCGCCAUGUGUGCGGCCAGGGGCGUGAUGCUGGAGUGGCGCUCGGCGGCGCUCUGCGAGAUGGAGUGCGGCGGGGGCCGGGUGUUCGAGGCGUGCGGGAGCGCGUGCGGCCGGACCUGCCGCUCCCUGUCCUCGGCCGAGGCGGGCUGCGAGGGCCAGCGCCCCUGUGAGGAGGGCUGCUUCUGCCCCGCGGGCCUCUACCUCAGCCAGGCCGGGGAGUGUGUGAGCGCCGCCCUCUGCGGCUGCCUGUACGACGGACAGCUGUACCAGCCCGGCGACGUCUACGCCGACCACCAGAGCCGAUGCACCUGUGAGAGCGGUGCCAUGAGCUGCAGCUCUGCUGAGAUGAGCAGCAACAUGCUGUCUGACCUCUUCUAUGAUGAUGACUUUGCACCAUCUAGAGAGCGCCGCGCCGCCCCCUGCCCGCCUCCUCUGACGCGGGCCGACUGUGGGCCCGGGCAGAAGGGGCUGGAGUGUGCCAGAACCUGCCGGAACGUGGACCUCCCCUGCAUCAGCCUGGCCUGCAUCAAGGGCUGCCUCUGCCCCCCUGGCACGGUUCGCCACAAGAGCGAAUGCAUUGCACCAGACCAGUGUCCCUGUUACCAUAACAACGUCAUGUAUGGCUCAGGCCAGACUGUUUCCAUGGACUGCAACACCUGUGUGUGUGAGAAGAGUAAAUGGCAGUGCUCCAACAAGGUGUGUGACGGAGUGUGUCGCACCGUCGGCCAAGGCCACUACAUCACCUUUGACGGCCUCAAGUACUCCUUCCCCGGACUCUGCCAGUAUGUCCUGGUCCAGGACAUGUGUGACGGGAGGGACGGCUCAUUGCGUGUUUUGGUGGAGAACGAGGGCUGUGGCGUAGCAGAACACCGCUGUGGUAAAUCCAUCUCCGUCUACUACCAGGGAGGACUGAUCACGAUGCAACAUGGACAGGUGAAGAUGAGGAGGCCCGUGCUGCAGGGCUCAGAGGUGGAGAUUGUACAUUCCGGUCAGUUCUACAUCCUUCUCCUCGGUAAACACAUCUCCAUCAGCUGGGACCAAGGCACCCAUCUCCUGGUCCACAUCUCUGCCCAAUACAGGGGUCAAGUGUGUGGGCUCUGCGGUAACUUUGACGGCAACGUUAACAACGACUUGGUGAGCAGCAACAACCAGCUGGAAGUUGGGUUUGCCCACUUUGGUAACUCCUGGAAAGUCAAGCCAAGUUGUGCUGAUGUCACUGAGCCGCCCGCCCCCUGCAGUGACAGUGUGGCCAGGCUGAUCACUGUGGAGCAGGCCUGCGGUGUGCUCACUGGCUCCCACUUCCAGCAGUGCAACAGCCAAGUGGAGGCAGAGCCGUACAUUGAGAUGUGCGUGGAGGCGGCGUGCUCGUGUCCGUCCGUGGGUGACUGCGCGUGUUUCUGUGAUGUUAUAGCGGCCUACGCUCAGGCGUGCUCUGAGAAGGGCGUGUCCGUCAGCUGGAGGCACAAUGGCCUUUGUCCGAUGAGUUGUGACGAGCUCAACCCCAGCAUCCCGGCAGCGGGGGAGGAGCUGUGCCAGUGGAGGUACAACAGCUGUGGCUCCGCCUGUCCACUCACCUGUCAGCACCCAGAGCCCCUCCACUGCCCUCUCACCUGUGUGGAGGGUUGCCAUGCCAACUGUCCCCCAGGCCAGCUGCUGGACGAGGUGACCCUGCGCUGUGUGGAGCCCUCCCAGUGCCAGGUGUGCCUCCACGAGGGUCAGAGAAUCUCUCACGGGGUCAAGGUCAUCCUCAACCAUGACGAUCCAAAGCACUGCAAGAUAUGUCACUGUGAGAACAACAGACUGAGCUGUGAGGACUGCACCGCUGUGGACACGCUCCCCACCACGACGCCCGGCCCCGGCUUCGCCACCUCCACCGUGCUGCCCUUCUCCACCAUGGUGCCCGCCGGCGGGUGCGACCGCGCCAUGGACCUGGCCUUCCUAUUGGACGGCUCCACGGCGCUGAGCGAGGCCGACUUCCAGAAAGUGAAGGACUUCAUCGUGCGCGUGGUGGACCCCUUCAGGAUGGGCUCUGCGCACACGCGCGCCACCGUGCUCCUCUACCACUCUGGGGUCAAAACGAACGAGCUGCAGGUCCAGAAGUGGCUGUUCAAGAAGAACGUGCGUGAGCUGCGCUACACGGGCGGAAGCGCCGCCUUCCUGGACGAGGCCAUCAAGUACCUCGCCAUCAACAUCUACGACAAGAACAAGCGCGAGCACGCCGGCCGCGUGGCCAUCAUCCUGACGGCCAGCGCCAACCCCCGCCACCUGCGCACCACCGUCAAGAUGCUGCGCAAGAAGAGCAUCACCACGCUGACGGUGGCCCUCGGCCCCGGGGUCAGCAUGAGCCAGAUCAACGAGAUCACCGCCGCCAACAAGGACAACCGCGCCUACGUGCUGAGCAGCCCCGCCGAGCUCACUGACCAGCUCCUCGAGCUCAAGGACCACCUCUGCACCCUCGGCAUGGAACCCGAAGUACCCAAGCCUCGGACCACCAGGGCCCCCACCACCACCCCUACCCCCGCCACCGCCAGCACCUCCACCCUCCAGCCGACCCGCGUGGUACCCAAGCAGGGCGCGAUCCUACCGCCCGUCACCCCGGCCCCGUCCUCGGCCUCCGGCCGGUCCCCCGUCACCACGGCGACCCCCUCCGCCCCCGUGGACGUCACGUUCUUGGUGGAGGGCUCGGAGUCGGUGGGGGUGGACAACUUCAACCGCUCGCUGCUCUUCAUCGAGCAGGUGGUCUCGAAGAUGAGCCGGGAGCACAGGCACAUCCGCGUCACCGUCGUCCAGUACUCGCUGACCGUCACCGUGGAGAUCCGGCGCUGGGAGCUGUGGCAGAGCGGCAUCCUGUGGCGCCAGCGCCUGAGGGAGAUCCGCUGGAGGGGGGGCGCCCAGACCAACACGGGGGCCGCCAUCAGCACCACCUAUCAGGAAACCAGCUGGCAGCGACCCACCGCCCCGGGGCCCCCCGUCCCCCAGCUGGUCUUCCUGAUCACGGAGAGCGCCCCCACGGAUGAGGUGAAGCCCCCCCCGAGGGGCAGCACCACCCACGUCUACCCCAUCAGGGUGGGCACCCAGAUAGACGAGGACGUCCUGCUGCCGUUCAGCACGCCCCCCAGCCCCCUGAGCGUGCCGCACUGGGGGCACCCGUCGGUGCCCGAUGUGGUCAACAUGGUCAUCAACAUCACGCGGCAGAGCCUCACACCCUACUUCCCCACGCUUCCCCCCCUCAACCCCCUGCCCUCAGCCCCCUGUCAGACGCCUCUGGACCUGCUGUUCCUGCUGAGGGCUGGUGAAAAGUUUGAGGACAUGAAGACCUUCGUCAAAGCCUUCGUCAAGCAAGCUGAAAUCGGCCCCAACAUGACCCAGGUGGGCGUGGUCCAGUAUGGCUCCGCCCCCUCCCCCACUGCAGAGGUCACAUGGGAGGACGUGCAGAGCACAUCUAAUCUGCUCAACCUGAUAGAGGACAUACACAGCAGGACCGUUACUGCCCCUGCAUUGGGCUCUGCGCUGCAGUUUGCCAUCCAAACAGCCCUCAGUGGUGGGAGAGCAGGGGUGCCCAAGGCGGUGGUAAUGCUGGUGACAGACAGGUCAUCAGAUAAUGUCCAAAAGGCCGCCAAUGAGGCGCUGGUCGCAGGCGUCUCCGUGUUCCCCAUCGGGGUGGGCACUGACUACGAUCGGGCGGAGCUCAGUGCGCUCGCUGGUGACCAUGGUUACCAAGACAACACGCUGCACCUGAACAGCAUGGAUCAACUGCUGAUGCUGCUGACGCUGGACCACCAAUACCCGGAGAGGAUCUGCAGAGCUGGUCCUCCGAGGGUGUGUGUGGAUGAUAAUGGAAAACAAAGAGAGCCGGGCGAGUCCUGGCUGCUGGCCGAGGGCUGCCACACCAUGCGCUGCUCCGCAGACAGACAGGUGAUCAUGCAGAGCCACAAGGUCAGCUGUGACCGGCUGGAGCCGCCCGCCUGCAGGAACAACAUGCCUCCCGUCAGGGUGCAGGAGACCUGCGGCUGCCACUGGGAGUGCCAAUGUACGUGCAUCGGGAGCUCCACCAGUCACGUGAUGAGGUUCGACAGCGUGGCUCUGAGGCUGGGGGGCGAGGGCAGCUGCUACUACACGCUGUUGACCAUCGCCAAGGGCCUCAGCCCGGGGUCGGAGGUCAGGCUCCUCAGCGGCCCCUGUCCCGACUCUGGGAGCCACUACCCGCUCUGCGUCAAGGCCAUGGAGGUGAUCCACGGGACGUCCAAGCUGGUUCUGAAGGACGACUUGACGGCGGUGCUGGACGGGGAGGAGCUGUCCCUGCCCUGGCGGUCCGGGGGGCUGCAGGUGAACGGCCACUCGGGGCUCUCCCUGGUGGUGCGCUCGGACCACGGCUACCUGCUGCUGUUCACGCCGCAGAAGAACGAGUUCACCCUCACCCUGCUGGGCUCCUCGGCGGGCAGCCGCACCGCAGGGCUCUGUGGUGUGUGUGGGGACGACAGCCUCAACCAGCUCACGCUGCGUGACGGUAGCCUCACCUCCGAGCCGCGGGCCUUCAUCUCCAACUGGACCGUCCCGCAGGCCUCCGGCCUGUGUGUGCCCAUGGCCAGCGCGGUGUGCGAGUCCGGGGCCCCGCUGGGCUGCCAGGCCCUGCGCUCUGACGUCUUUGAGCCGUGCCACGCCCAUGUGCCCGUCUCCCUCUUCCUCGCCAAAUGCGAGGAGCAGGCGUGCAUGGCCUCGGACGUGUGUGAGUUCAUCUCCACCUACGCGCUGCUCUGCAGGCAGAGAGGGGUGUGCGUGGACUGGAGAAGCCCGCAUCUGUGCCCCAUGCAGUGCUCCGGCUCCAUGGAGUACGACGCCUGUCGGACGGGCUGUGUGGAGGACUGUGGCAGCGUACUAGCGUUGCCGGGCAACAGAGCAGCUCCUGCGGGUAACGAGUCGCUGUGUGCGGAGACGCCGGCCGAAGGGUGCUUCUGUCCCGGUGGUACGGUGGUGCACCGUGGGCGGUGUGUGCCCCCCGACGCAUGCAGCCAGUGCGUGGACCAGCGUGGACACACACAUGGGUAUAUGCAGAGCUGGGUACCAGAGGAGAACCCGUGCUCUAUCUGCAUGUGUUUGGACCAACAACACAUCAACUGCACUGCGCAACCCUGCCAUGAUGCCAAAGCUCCACAGUGCGGACCUUGUGAGAUCCUGCAGACAAGGCGAGGCUCUCAGUGCUGUCCUGAGUACGAGUGUGUGUGUGAUCUGGUGAGCUGUGUUCUGCCUGAGGUUCCCCGCUGCAUGGACGGACAGCAGCUGGUCCUGAAGAACCCCGGGGAGUGCCAGCCUGUGCACGCGUGCGAUUGCAAAAAGGAGUGUCCUCCACAAGAGCCCAUCUCCUGUCCCGCCCACCGCCGGCCCGCGGUCAGGAAGACCCUGUGCUGUGAUGUGGCUGAGUGUGUGUGUGACUGCCUCAACACCACACACACCUGUCCCCCGGGCUUCAGCACAUCCUCCUCCACCAACGACUGCGGCUGCACAGAGACCACCUGCCUGCCAGACAAGGUGUGUGUUGUCGGGGGAGUGGUUUACCCCGUGGGGAACCAAUGGGAAGACGGAUGUCAGAAGUGCAGCUGCUCACAGCUCCAGGACCAGCACACGUCGCUGCACAUCGCCCAGUGUGUCCCGCCAGUCUGUGACCAGGACUGUGCAUCAGGCUUGUCCUACGUGCCCUCGGAGGGGGAGUGCUGUGGCCGAUGCAGGAAGACCAGCUGUGUGGUGUGGGAGGGAAGGAGGCGAGGAGACUCCUUGAUAGGGAGACGACUCAGACAGGUGGGGGAGGUGUGGAGGUCUCCAGAAGAUAAGUGUGUCCUCCUCUCGUGUUUGAAGAUGAGCGACGAGGUGUUCAUCACCUCCUCCAACGUCAGUUGCUCCAGAAUGGAAACUCCCGCCUGCCCCCUGGGAACGUCGCUCAGCUGUGACACAUUGGACUGCUGUCCCCGCUGCCGCUGUGAUCCCAUAGACGCAUGUGUCCUCAACCAAACUGUGAUAGGAGCAGGGGAAAGGAUGAUGGUGGACGCGUGUACAAACUGUGAGUGCUUCAUGGAGAACGGGCCUGUGAAGAAAUACAGACUAUCCUGCAGAAAAACCCACUGUUCCACCUGCCCUGAGGGUUACACGAAGGAGGCGGAGCCAGGGGCCUGUUGUGCCCGCUGUAUUCCCACGGCGUGCGUUCUGACCCAGCCAGACGGACGCAUCGUCAGUCUGCAGAUAAACUCAACACGCGAAGAAGGCUGCAACUUAUACACCUGUGGGAUCAACGCAAAAGGAAACCUGGUCAUGCAGAAUAGAAUGACCACCUGCCCUCCGUUUAACCAGCAAGGCUGCCUGGACGCGGGGGGGAAGGUCAGUCUCAUCGGGACCAGCUGCUGUGAGAUGUGUACGGAGCCGGAAUGCAGAAAGACAAAGGGAACACUCGGCUACAUCACGAUCGGGGACUGCAAGUCAGAGCAAAGGAUAGAGUUGAACUAUUGUGAGGGGAAGUGUCACAGCAGGACCUCGUACUCCCUUGAGGCGGCCGUGCUGCAGCAGGAGUGUGUGUGCUGCUCCCCCCAGAAGACCGAGGCGCUCAGCGUCCCCGUCCUCUGUGGCAACGGCACCCAGAGCCUCCACACAGUGCAGUCGGUGACCGAGUGCGACUGCGUGUCUAAACACUGCACCUAGACGGGAUGAACCCCAACAGAGAGAUUUAUUUGAUUUCAUCUGCAUUUGUUAUCCGUGUACCGAGUUUGUAUCAUGUAAUAAACACCCAGUAUAAACCUC